AUGAUCCUUGAAAGGUACAAACGAUUAUGGACAGCCAAGCUUUCGCUGUUCGAAGAAGACCAUUCUCCGUACAGGCAAAUACUACUAGCAUCCCUGCCUAUUAUGGGCUCUCUCUUUCUUGUCUCCUUCUACACCAUAGUAGAUACAAUUAUUAUUUCACGGCACAACGGUACGCGAGAAAUAGCCUCUGUGCUUAAUUUUCUACCUUUCGAGCAAAUCCUCACGCUCAGCCCCAUGCAGGCUCUGGGAACUGCAACAGCAUCUCAGAUAUCUGUUGCUAUAGGGGCUAAGAACUUCCCAGAUGCAGAGAUGAUCUUUUCGAUAUUCUUUGUUGUGGGCUGCUGCAUUGCUGUGCUUGUACCGCUUGUUUGUGUCCCUAUCUUGCCGUUGGUUCUUCCCAGCUUAGGCGUCAUACAGGAAUAUGUUCGUGAUGUUUUGCGCUAUGGUUACAUUGCAAUGGCCUGCAUGCCCUUAUGCAACUUUCUAGGACCUGCCAUGGUGCCUAUUCUCCGUUGUGAGAACAAGGCCGGCUUGGUCAUGCUUCGACAGAUCCUGGGAGUAGUCCUCAACAUUAUCCUUGAUCUUAUUUUCAUCACUGCCCUGCACUUGGGGAACAGUGGUGCGGCCAUAGCGACGGCAAUCUCCAUGCUUAUCACGGGAGCGUGGAUCUCCUCUCACUUCUUUAUCUGUAAGCAAGCAAAGCUAAAAGCUGAGCAGGAAAACAGAACGAGAUUUAUCAUUUUCAAUCCAGUCCACAUUCGCUGUGCCAAGAAGCAGCUUUCUUUGGUCUGCCGUAUACUCGGGUUAACCGUUUCAAGCUAUAUUCAGUUUUUUCUGUUGAGCUUUGGCGCUCUCCUUUCUCUCUUUCUUCACAAGUAUUGGAUGCCAGAUGCUGUAGCCCACGUCCGACAAGUCGGAGUUUCAAUCGCUGCUCGAACGACUCUCAUCUUGUCUAAUCCUAUCUCUGGUCUUCAAAAUGGCAUUCUUCCUGUUCUGGGAUAUACUGUGGGCCAGAAGUCCCCACGACGCAUCUAUGAGGUUUCUAAAGCCGGCCUAGUGAUUCUUCUCAUAGCGACAAGUGCGCAACUUAUUCUAUUUCAGCUCUUGGCUCCCUUUGUUAUUCGCAUAUAUAAUCUUGACAGCGCCUACUAUACCGCAGGCGUUCGGGCCCUGAGAAUCCUCAACGCCAUGGUUCCUAUGCUAAGCUUUUCCACAUUGGCACUAGUCCUGUUUCAGGUUCAAAAGAAGCAGUAUCAUGCACUUGGGUUGCAGAUGGUAAAGGUUGGCAUGCAGGUGCUUUGGCAGCUCGUUGUUCCUUAUAUCCAGAAGGACUCAAAGGAGCUCGUGGCAGGCGUUCCUUUUUCAGACGCAGUCACAGGCGUCAUCGGUCUUGGUAUCAUCAUCGUGGAGUUCCGGCGCAUGAAACAGAGAGCCAAGCAGGAGCUCGAUGCUAAAUUCGCCCACACGCGUAUCCUUAGGACCUUCGAUCUUUCAAAGGAUGUACCGCAAUCCGAUACUGGUCAGAUGACGAUGAUAUAUCGGGGAAACGGUGGCUUGAAAAAGAGAUGCAAGCCACUGGCAUAUGUAGAUAGGAGGUCGCAAUCCAUCGAGAUGGUAAAGGUGUCCAGCACUACAGCGCUCCCAAUCGACGAUGACGGCGCUUUCAGACCUCCUAGUUGGCCCGACCUGGUUACAGCUAGUAACCCGUGUAACCUCUGUUGUGCUUCGCCACUGACUAUGCAUCAAUCGCGCGGUAAGGACAUAGACAUAGAACUCAGUAGCGACAUAAGCGAGCUCAAUGGAGAAAACCUUCCGUGUUACUAUGUGUCAUCACCUCAGCGUGCAAACAAAAAAUAA